AUGGCAGAACAGCUUCUCUUCGGAACUGCCGACAGAAUCAUCGAGACUUUGGGCUCGCUGGCCGCCAAAGAGUUCAGGCUACUCUGGGGCGUGGGAGAUGAGAUUGAAAGCCUGAGGAACACCGUUUCGGCAAUCAAAGCCGUGCUUCUGGAUGCGGAGAAGAAACAGGCUGCCGGGAACCAUGCGGUCGGAGAUUGGCUCGGAAAGCUAAACGACGCCAUUUAUGAUGCGGAUGACUUGCUGGAUGCUAUUUCCACUGAAGCUCUGCGAAGGGAAGUGAGUACCCUGGGGAAGAAAGCAAAGCAGGUACGCAUUUUCUUUUCCGAAUCAAACCAGCUCGCCUUUCGUCUUAGAAUGGGGCUUAAGAUUAACGCGAUUGGAAAGAGGUUAGACGCCAUCGACGCCGAUAGGGGGAGAUUUCACUUGGAGGAACGCCAUGUGGAGACACGAGUGGGUUGCAAGGAGAGGGAUAACACCCAUUCUCUUGUGCGUGCGGAAGCAGUUAUUGGUCGGGAGGAUGAUAAGAAGGAGUGUCUGAUGGACUCAAAUUUUGAAGAGAAUGCUUCAGUCCUUUCAAUUGUUGGAAUCGGUGGACUAGGAAAGACUACUCAACUCAUAUUCAAUGAUGAGCGAAUCGAAAAUCAUUUUGAGCUGAAAAUGUGGGUGUGUGUCUCUUAUAACUUCCAUGUUAAAGAUAUUGUUGAAAAAAUCUUAGAAUGUGCAACAAACAUGAAACAACCAACUGUUGAAAUGAAUACACUGGUAAGAUAUUUUGGAAAAGUAAUCGAUGGAAAGAAAUACUUACUCGUGUCGGAUGAUGUGUGGAAUGAGGAUCAUGAAAAAUGGUGUCGCUUGAAAGAAGUGCUGAUGGGUGGUGCUAGAGGCAGUAGAAUAUUAGUGACUACUCGCAAUGAAAGCGUUGCAAGGAUUGCCGAGACAGUUCAAUCAUAUUCCUUGAGUGGUUUAGACGAAGACGCGUCAUGGUCUUUAUUUAAGCAAAUGGCGUUUGGGAAAGGAAAAGAACCGGAGAAUUUGAGCAUCAUAACACUUGGGAGGGAGAUCCUAGAAAAGUGUUUAGUGUCCCUCUGGCCAUAA